CCGUGGGGCGCGCGGCGGGGACGCGCGAGCUCCCGCGCGGGGCCGGCUCGGGGGACGCGGGGCUCAGCGAGGCCCGGCUCCGGCCCCCUGAAUUGGGGGGUCCGCGUCUGCCCCAAACGCCGCUUUCUUCCGUUUUCCAUGUCAUUUCCUGUACUAAUAAGAUGGUGGUCAAAGCAGGGGAGGAGAGCAGCAGCGAGUCGCCGCCGCGCUGCCGCUGGCGCUGAAACUUUGCCCGGCCGGGGACCCCGCGCGCGGCCGCCCCGUCCCGCCGCGUCCCGCCGCUCCGGCCCCGGCCCGGCCCGCAGCCCCGCGUGGGAGCCAGCGAAGGACAGAAUGACUGAGAACAUGAAGGAGUGCUUGGCCCACACCAAGGCGGCUGUAGGGGACAUGGUGACAGUAGUGAAGACAGAGGUCUGCUCACCACUCCGGGACCAGGAGUAUGGCCAGCCCUGCUCUCGGAGACUGGAGCCAUCUUCCAUGGAAGUUGAACCCAAGAAACUGAAGGGAAAGCGUGACCUCAUUGUGGCCAAAAACUUCCAGCAAGUGGACUUCUGGUUCUGUGAGUCAUGUCAAGAGUACUUCGUGGAUGAGUGCCCGAACCACGGUCCCCCCAUGUUUGUGUCUGACACGCCAGUGCCCGUGGGCAUCCCAGAUCGGGCAGCCCUCACCAUUCCACAGGGCAUGGAGGUGGUAAAGGAAGCUGGCGGAGAGAGCGACGUGCGGUGUAUAAACGAGGUUGUCCCCAAGGGCCACAUCUUUGGCCCUUACGAGGGACAGAUCUCUACCCAGGACAAGUCAGCUGGCUUCUUCUCAUGGUUGAUUGUGGACAAGAACAACCGAUACAAGUCCAUAGAUGGGUCGGAUGAGACCAAGGCCAACUGGAUGAGGUACGUGGUCAUUUCCCGGGAGGAGAGGGAGCAGAACCUCCUGGCAUUCCAGCACAGUGAGCGCAUCUACUUCCGGGCAUGCCGAGACAUCCGGCCAGGAGAGCGGCUGAGGGUCUGGUACAGCGAGGACUACAUGAAGCGCCUGCAUAGCAUGUCCCAGGAAACCAUCCACCGCAACCUGGCCCGGGGAGAGAAGAGGUUGCAGAGAGAGAAGGCUGAGCAAGCCCUGGAUAACCCAGAAGACCUAAGGGGUCCCACUCAGUUCCCUAUGUUGAAACAGGGCAGAAGUCCUUACAAGCGCAGCUUUGAUGAGGGAGACAUACACCCUCAGGCCAAGAAGAAGAAAAUCGACCUCAUCUUCAAGGAUGUGCUAGAGGCCUCACUGGAGUCUGCUAACGUGGAAGCCCGCCAGCUGGCCCUGAGCACCUCCCUGGUCAUCCGGAAAGUCCCCAAGUACCAGGACGAUGACUAUGGUAGAGCUGCCCUGACACAAGGCAUCUGCAGGACCCCAGGGGAAGGGGAUUGGAAGGCCCCUCAAAGGGUGGCCAAGGAGCUGGGCCCACUGGAAGAUGAAGAGGAGGAGCCUACAUCAUUCAAGGCCGACAGUCCAGCUGAGGCCUCUCUGGCAUCUGACCCCCAUGAGCUGCCCACCACCUCCUUUUGUCCUAACUGCAUUCGCCUGAAAAAGAAAGUACGGGAAUUGCAGGCAGAGCUAGACAUGCUUAAGUCUGGAAAGCUGCCUGAGCCCCCCCUUCUUCCACCGCAGGUACUGGAGCUCCCAGAGUUCUCAGAUCCUGUAGCCUCAGAGAGUAUGGUCUCCGGCCCCGCCAUCAUGGAGGACGAUGACCAGGAAGUGGAUUCUGCAGAUGAAUCUGUCUCCAACGACGUGAUGACGGCAACCGAUGAACCCUCCAAGAUGUCCUCUGCCACCGGACGCCGCAUCCGGCGCUUCAAGCAGGAGUGGCUGAAGAAGUUCUGGUUCCUACGGUACUCCCCUACCCUGAACGAGAUGUGGUGCCAUGUGUGCCGCCAGUACACAGUGCAGUCCUCACGCACUUCCGCCUUCAUUAUCGGCUCCAAGCAGUUUAAGAUCCACACCAUCAAGCUGCACAGCCAGAGCAACCUGCACAAGAAAUGCCUGCAGCUGUACAAACUGCGCAUGCACCCGGAGAAGACAGAGGAGAUGUGCCGCAACAUGACUCUGCUCUUCAACACCGCCUACCACCUGGCGCUGGAGGGGAGGCCCUACCUCGACUUCCGGCCCCUGGCAGAGCUGCUGAGGAAGUGCGAGCUCAAAGUGGUGGACCAGUAUAUGAAUGAGGGGGACUGCCAGAUCCUUAUCCAUCACAUCGCCCGGGCACUGAGAGAGGACCUGGUGGAGCGCAUCCGUCAGUCGCCCUGCCUCAGCAUCAUCCUGGAUGGGCAGAGUGAUGACCUUAUGGCUGACACGGUGGCCGUCUAUGUGCAGUAUACCAGCAGUGAUGGACCCCCCGCCACAGAAUUCCUGUCUCUGCAAGAACUAGGCUUCUCCAGCACGGAAAGCUAUCUCCAGGCGCUUGACCGAGCCUUUGCUGCUCUGGGCAUCCGGUUACAGGACGAGAAGCCAACUGUGGGCCUGGGAGUGGACGGGGCCAACAUCACCGCCAGCUUGCGCGCCAGCAUGUUCAUGACCAUCCGCAAGACGCUUCCAUGGCUGCUGUGCUUGCCCUUUAUGGUGCACCGGCCCCACCUGGAGAUCCUGGAUGCCAUCAGUGGGAAGGAGCUGCCCUGCCUAGAGGAGCUGGAGAACAACCUGAAACAGCUCCUCAGCUUCUACCGCUACUCACCACGCCUCAUGUGUGAGCUGCGCUCCACGGCCUCCACCCUGUGCGAGGAGACUGAAUUCCUGGGGGACAUCCGUGCAGUGAGGUGGAUCAUUGGUGAGCAGAAUGUCCUGAACGCCCUUAUCAAGGACUACCUGGAAGUGGUGGCCCACCUGAAGGAUGUCAGCAGCCAGACACAGCGGGCCGACGCUUCAGCCAUAGCCCUGGCCCUGCUGCAGUUCCUCAUGGACUACCAGUCCAUAAAGCUCAUCUACUUCCUGCUGGACGUGAUUGCCGUGCUGUCACGCCUGGCCUACAUCUUCCAGGGCGAGUACCUCCUAGUGUCGCAGGUAGACGACAAGAUUGAGGAGGCGAUCCAGGAGAUCAGCCGGCUUGCAGACUCCCCCGGGGAGUACCUGCAGGAAUUCGAGGAGAAUUUCCGAGAGAGCUUCAAUGGGAUCGCCGUGAAAAACCUCAGGGUGGCCGAGGCCAAGUUCCAGUCCAUCAGGGAGAAGAUUUGCCAGAAGACACAGGUCAUUCUGGCUCAGAGGUUCGACUCCCGAAGCAGGGUCUUUGUGAAGGCCUGCCAAGUGUUCGACUUAGCCGCCUGGCCCAGGAACAGCGAGGAACUCCUGAGCUUCGGCAAGGAGGAUAUGGUUCAGAUCUUCGACCACCUGGAAGCCAUUCCUGCUUUCUCCCGGGAUGUGUGCCGGGAAGGGAUGGACCCCCGGGGGAGCCUGCUGAUGGAGUGGAGAGACCUCAAGGCCGAUUACUACACCAAGAAUGGCUUCAAAGACCUCAUCAGCCACAUCUGCAAGUACAAGCAGAGGUUUCCGCUCUUGAACAAGAUCAUUCAGGUCCUUAAAGUCCUCCCCACCUCCACCGCCUGCUGUGAGAAAGGCCGAAGUGCUCUCCAGCGGGUCCGCAAAAACCACCGCUCCCGCCUGACCCUGGAACAGCUCAGUGACCUGUUGACAAUAGCUGUGAACGGACCACCCAUCGCCAACUUUGAUGCCAAGCGAGCCCUGGACAGCUGGUUUGAGGAGAAGUCUGGCAACAGCUACACACUGUCCGCCGAAGUCCUCAGUAGGAUGUCCGCCUUGGAGCAGAAGCCCAUGUUGCAGGUUGUGGACCAUGGCUCUGAGUUCUACCCAGACAUGUAGGGGGCCUGUGCUCCAGAGGCCACAAAGCCGGUGAAUAUUUUUUUAAUCUAUACUCAUAAGCUUUGAUAUAUUAUAUAAAUAUAUAUUAUAUUAUAUUAUAUAUAUAUAUAAACCUACACUGAAAGUUUUUUAAAAAACUAAGUUAAUUAUGUCCACCAGAAGCCACUGGCAGUUUUCAGAAAGGAGCAAUGUUGGCAACUGACUCUUGUCUCCGCACUUGGCAGCUGCAGCCUACACGGCAACUCAUCGUCACUCACACAAGCGUGUCCUGGGGCCACACGUGUUCCCACCAAACAGUCAAAGCGACAUAAGCUAAAAGAUGAUUCUCUUGUCACUUUUAGGUGGCUUGUUCUGUUUCUGUUCUCAUGUGUUAGUCACGGGCUGGGGGUUGGGUGCCUGCCUUCUCCUUUUUGGUAUGGUUUUAUGGCUGGGGGGCUUUGUGGUCUCCACACUGGCAUUCUGGUCCAGAUACAUUAUUUCUGGGUUUCCAUGGGGGGGGGGGUGAAUUGGAUUUCUGGACUGGACUAAUCUGGUCUUUCUCCCCUCACCUGACUUCAGCUUGAGAGGUCUUUCAUUGUUCAUUUUCUGAUCGAUUCCUUCCCUCUUCCAUAGUCAAAUGCAUCAGUCUCCCUCAGCUGUGAACCCGCUGCGCUGCCCCCCACCCUCUGCCAUGUCACCUCUCCCAACCCUAGGUUGUCAGUUCCCUUCUUCAGGCCUCUGGAGUUUAAAGAUAUGAGCUGUUACACUGAACGUAAUUUUUUUUUUCACAUUUGAGCUUGAAUCUUGGGUGUGGAGGAGGGGUAAGCUUCAUGCCUCCUUCUCUCCAGCCACUGGAGGAUAAAGCAUAUACUUCCAUUCAGAUCUUGGGCUGUUGGGGAGACAAUGAGCCAAGAGAUCUAAACUCCAACAGGACUUUUUUUUUUUUUUUUUUUGGGUAAAACCAGGUAAAAUGAAAAGUGUAUAUUCAACUUUCACAUUGUUCUUGUCUUUAUAAUUAUAGAAUGUGUUGCAGGAUUUGUAUUUUUUUUUUUUUCAUAAUCAAGGAGCAGCUGUUUUGUAGUUCAAGGGCAGAACAAGUCAUGCCCCGGGUUACACAGACCUCUGAGAGUGCCUAGAGAGGUUGUUCCUUUUGCAAAAGCCUGAUGAUGUGCUCCUUGGCCUUGUAGGAAGGUCACAGGACACCGGGCAGUAGUUUUUUGCUUGUGAACUCUUCCUAUUUUGAAUAGAGUUGAGAUGUCCUAUAGAAAAUGAGAAAACAGGAAGUGAGGCGGGAUUCUCAAGGUACAAGCAUGUAUACAUACCUACACACACACACACACACACAGACAUGAAUACAUGCACAUACAUGCACACACCACACAUACACACACCACACACACAGACAUGUAUACAUGCACAUACAUGCACACACCACACA